AUGAAGACACCUAUAUGGUCGAGGAUACGCCUUCCCUUAUCGGCGCGCAAUAAUCUACCCACCACUAUAUCGCGACGCGUUAGUACAAUCAGCGCGAGGGACGAUCAAACCCUCCUCCUCACAGGCGGCCGCGUCCUGGGCUACGCCGAAUAUGGCUGCCAAACCGGCUACCCGCUCAUGUUCUUCCACGGGUUUCCCUCGUCGCGCCUCGAGGCCCAAGGCGUCGACCAUCUGGCUCACCGCCGCCACCUCCGCGUCAUCGUCCCCGACCGCCCCGGCUUCGGCCUCUCCACCUUCCAACCCCACCGCCGCAUCACGGACUGGCCCGCCGAUGUGCGAGCUCUCGCCCACCACCUUGGCUUAUCCCGCUUCGCGGUUCUGGGCGGCUCCGGCGGCGGCCCAUAUGCACUGGCGUGCGCACACGCGCUGCCACGUGAGAUGUUGUCCGCUGUUGGCAUCAUGGCCGGAGCGGGACCGUGGCAAGCGGGGACGCAGGAUGUGCCACUGUCGUCGCGGGCAGUGUAUUUGGCAGCGAAAUACUGGCCUGGUGGGCUUAGAGCGCUGACGGACGUGCUGGUGGGGACGCUCAGAAGGGGCCUGGCUACCCGCCCGGCAAGUAGGUGGAUUGACGAUUGGCUAAAUAAAGUCGAGCAGGAACAUGAGAGGGGCUCAACAAUUGAAGAACGGAGGAAGCGGGUACUACGCAUGGCCUUUGAGGGUUUUGCACAGGGCGCUGAGGGUUUUGUGCUUGAGACGCAGCUGUUGACGCAGGACUGGGGGUUCAGAUUCGAGGACGUCGCAUAUGACAAUAUUCAGCUGUGGCAUGGAACGCAGGAUAAGAAUGCGCCGGUGCGGAUGGUGCGGUAUAUGGUAGAGCGCCUGCCUCACAGUGUCCUCCGGGAGUUUGAAGGCGACAGUCACUUCACUCUCUUCCGUCAUCUAGAAGAGAUCUUAUCGGACCUCGUUCCGGAGAAGAACUUACCGGAUUGCAGUACUAAGGCGUAA